GAUGGUUUGUGUGUGUGUGCUGUAGCCUGCACUCGGCCGAGGCACGCCGCAUGAUGGACAAAUACCGCAUUGGGAGGAUCGAGGGCCGCUGGAAAAACUUCCUGCCGCCUAUCCAGGGCGGCAGGUUUCGGCCGAGGGUUGGUGAGGGUGAGGCCGAAGUGGAACAGGAGUACGAGGCUAGCGCGACUCCGGCCCCGAUGGCGAUGGAGGAUGCCACCGCGUCGUCGAGCGACCCCACUUCACGCUCACCUUCUCCCGUCUUCGAUGGUGACGCGACCGGGUCAGACUCUGGCUCUCGCAGCCGCAAGUCGGGGAUUGCCAGGUCAGGCUCGGCCACGUCCCUAUCAUCGGCGGAGGAGGACGAGGCCAGCACGGCGGCGACGCCCGUGGAUGGCAUGGCGCACCUCGAUGCGCUGACGAGGAAGGGCAUCAAGCUCGACCUCAGCAAGUACCCGGCGCCGGACCCGGCCACGCAGGAAGCCAUCGUGGAGAAAUACCGGCUCCUGAACGAGCGCAUCAAGGCCGAGGGCCUGUACGACUGCAACUACUACGCCUACGCCGUCGAGGUAACGCGGUACGCGCUCCUUUUUGGCCUGAUGCUGCUGUUCCUGCGCUGGCGCUGGUACGUCGUCAGCGCCUUCUUCCUCGGCUGCUUCUGGCACCAGCUCGUCUUCACCGGCCACGAUGCCGGGCACAUGGGCAUCACGCACAACUUCCAGGUCGACUCGGUGAUCGCCAUCAUCGUCGCCGACUACCUGGGCGGCCUGUCGAUGGGGUGGUGGAAGCGCAACCACAACGUGCACCACAUUGUGACCAACUCGCCCGAGCACGACCCCGACAUCGAGUACAUCCCCUUCCUCGCCGUCUCGCACCGCUUCUUGGCGAGCCUGCGCUCGACCUACUACGAGCGCGUCAUGCACUACGAUGCGGUCGCCAAGCUUCUCAUUCCUCUGCAACACUACAUGUACUACGUCUACCUGCUCUUCGGCCGUUUCAACCUGUACCGGCUGUCGUGGGAGUACCUCAUCCUCGGCCAGGGCCCCAGGAAGGGCGCCGCGGCCUGGUUCCGCUGGCUGGAGCUGGCCGGGCAGGUCUUCUUCUGGGCCUGGUUCGGCUACGGCAUCCUGUACCGCAGCAUCGACUCCAACUGGGACCGCUUCGUCUUCGUCAUGGUCAGCCACAUGGUGACGACGCCGGUGCACGUGCAGAUCACGCUGUCGCACUUCGCCAUGAGCACGGCCGACCUGGGCGUCGACGAGUCCUUCCCGCAGAAGAUGCUGCGCACCACCAUGGACGUCGACUGCCCGCCCUGGCUCGACUUCUUCCACGGCGGCCUGCAGUUCCAGGUGAUCCACCACCUGUUCCCCCGCAUCCCGCGCCACAACCUGCGCCGCACGCAGCGCCUGGUCCAGGAGUUCUGCGACGAGGUCGGCAUCCCCUACGCCCUGUACGGCUUCGUCGACGGCAACAAGCAGGUCAUCGGCCGCCUGGCCGACGUGGCCAGGCAGGCCGCCAUCCUGGCCAAGUGCCAGAGAGUGAUGGCCGGCUUGGAGAAGGGGCACGGUCACCACCACCACCAUUAGGUAGGUUAGGUAUGUAUGUAUGUACUUGAGCCGCAGUGGUUGCUGUCUAUGUACUCCGUAUGGGCUUGGGGAGGGGGAAGGGAGGAGGAAAGUGGCUGGGUACUUACUUGGUGUCCACGUCUCGUUUUUCCUUUGGUGGCGUGUGGAAGCAAGUUGGGUGUUAGCUAGCGGUGCGAGUACCUAGAUCUGGGGUUACACGGCGUUUGCGUCUUGGCUUUUUCUCGUUCCCGCUUCAUGACCCCAUCUCGUAUCACCUCAAGCCGGGCAACGUACCUGCGUUGUUGGCCAGCUAAUAUUACACGACAUGCUCCCGCUCUCGGCUCGUUGCCCGUGACUGAGCUGUCUCGAGACACGUCCACCGGCUCACGACGUCUCCGCCC